AUGCGGGUGUUUUUCUCGCCCGCUUUCCCCUCCACGGUGACCCAACUCCUCCGUUCCUGUCCAAGAUACCUCACCAACCGACGCAAGCUGUUACCUCUUUUCUGCCACCACCCUCCCCAGUGCAGCAACUCCCGGUCGAACCACUCCAUCUUCGAAGACUGCAUAACGGCCUACAACGACCUUAAGCUGUCCAAGAAGUACAAGUACAUCAUCUACAAGCUCUCGGAUGACAACAAGGAGAUCGUCGUCGAGGAGGCUUCGGCCGAUAAGGACUGGGAGAACUUCCGCCAGAAGCUGAUCAACGCCACGACCAAGUCGAAGAGCGGUGCCGUCGGCAAGGGCCCCCGCUACGCCGUCUACGACUUCGAGUACAGCCUUGCCUCUGGCGAGGGUGAGCGCAACAAGAUUACCUUCCUCGCCUGGUCUCCCGAUGAUGCCGGUGUCAUGGCCAAGAUGGUCUACGCUUCCUCCAAGGAGGCCCUGAAGCGCUCGCUCACUGGUAUUGCGACCGAGCUCCAGGCCAACGACCCCGAUGACAUCGAGUACGACUCCAUCCUCAAGACUGUCAGCAAGGGCAUGGCUGGUUAA